UGCCAGUAAUUAUAGCCAGGGGCACUGGUGACUUUAUCUUGUAAUCAUCCCUGCGCUUGGAGCUCGCGUUGUUUUUCUUGGAAGGGUGUGUGUGUGUGUGUGUGUGCGCGCUAGUGUCUCUCUCUCUCAUGUAUCUAUCUCUGAGCCGGCAUGAUGGACAAUACAGGGAAAUUCGACAGCAAUACAGCGCCGAUGCCUGGCUUAACAACUGGAGAAGAAUUGAACCUGGUUCUGACUGGAAACUCUCAGUUUCAUCAUCAGGGGAUGAAGCUAGAAGCUGUGAUGGAGCAUCUGCAAAGGCAGCAGCAAGCUCGCUUGGAGAUGGAGGGCAGGGAGAGGAAGGACCGGGACAUUCGCAACGCCCGCAUCUUCUAUGCUCAGCAGAUUGCCAGCCAGCAGGCCGCCCUGGCAGCAGCCUCGUCCAGAUCUCCGCCAGGGUCACCGCUGGUCACUACCCUGACCCGCCAGCCGGCGCCCGCCGCUCCGCGAGGAUCCGAUAAGAGCAGCGUGGACUCGGAAGCCGAGGACGAUGCCUUUGAGCAGGAGGACGCUGCGAGUGACCUGGAGGACGAGGACGCGGUGCGGGCCGAUCUCGACGAGGAGGAUGGUGAGGAAGAGGAGGACGCGGCCUAUCUCAGGAAGCGGCCUGCUGCUGCGUUGUCCAGUCAGAGGCCCCCGCCCACCCACCGUCCAUCCGUUAGCGGACAAUCCCAACAGCAGGGAAACAGUCAAUCCAUCUCCCCGAGCACAGCACAUUCGAAAUCUCCAGCUAGCCAUCACGAUUGGGGUUAUGAAGAACAGUUCAAACAGAUACAGCCUUCUGAUUGGAUGGCAAAUGACCAAUCAGAAUCGGGGAAAAAAAUUUCUCACCGAACAGGCAGUGUGCCAGGAGCCCACAUCCCUGGCACUAUUAAACAGAAUGGGAGUCUGGCCUGGAAUGACGAUGCUGAUGGUGGACGAGCAAGGGAGGCUGCCAAGGACUUUGCCAAGCUCUACGAACUGGACAGUGACCCCAAACGGAAGGAGUUCCUGGACGAUCUGUUUGUUUUCAUGCAGAAGAGAGGAACACCGGUGAACAGGAUCCCCAUCAUGGCGAAGCAGGUGUUGGACUUGUACAUGUUGUAUAAGCUCGUCACGGAGAAGGGUGGACUCGUGGAAGUUAUCAACAAGAAGAUUUGGCGGGAAAUCACAAAAGGCCUCAACUUACCUACCUCAAUCACCAGUGCAGCCUUUACACUCAGGACUCAAUACAUGAAAUACCUCUACCCAUACGAAUGUGAAAAGCAAUCACUCAGUUCGCCGACAGAGCUCCAGGCAGCAAUUGACAGCAACAGGCGCGAGGGCAGAAGACCCAGCUACAGCUCGGCUCUCUUUGGCUAUUCUCAGUGUUCGGCCACCCCACUUCUGUCACCUGCCAAGGUUCAUCUGUCGUCCCUGAAUGUUCCCACCUCCAAUGGAAUCCACCUCUCUCCAGGGCAGCUCAUCAAAAAAGAGGACACAGCCGCAGCCUGCUCUUUGACCCCAAGCCGGAUCCACGUGCCGUUGUCCCAGGCGGGUAACCAUUCCACAGCGCAGGCUGUCACUCUGGAGCAGCUGAGGGAGAAGCUGGAGAGUGGGGAGCCUCCUGAGAAGAGGAUGGCCAGAUUCGCGGAGGGGCAGCAACGUCUGAUGCAGCAGGCCUUGCAGCAGAACCUCUUCGCCAUGGCAACCCACGUGCCUAUGAGCAUCAAGAUCAAUGGGAAAGAUGAUCGACAGGAGCUCGCAUUGAACUUGUCAACAAAUGGAAUCAGCAGCAUUAAUAUGUCGAUUGAGAUUAAUGGCACUCUCUAUACAGGAGUGCUGUUUGCCCAGAGACCAGCUGUGCAUGUGAUCGCAGGACCCAGCAGCAGCACAUCUGGUUCACAGAGCACCUCCAGUCCUACCUCCGUCAAGGGCCCUGCCUCUGCUGAGCCCUCCACCAGCGGCUCCCCCUGAAGGCAGCCCUCUGCCACAGCGUCAGCAAAAUGGACUUGUCUCAAUUGUAUUUUUCUAGAGUAAGGGCAGGGAAUAAUGAGCAAGAAAUGGAAAAAUGCAGGAAAGAAAACACAUAAAAGGAUUGCACAGAUCUUUUCAGCUCAAGGAAUCUAUGUGACAAUUCAUUUUUUUGAUUAUUCAGUCAAUCUCUUGUUUUGCACAGAGGGGAGUCAAGACUGAGUGUUGUCUUCAGGUAAAAAAAGGUGGUGGAGGGGUCAUGGGUUAGAGAUUAAUUGGGCCUAGCUUUGCAGAUGUGACUCUCUCCCCACUUUAAGGUGAUAUGUAUGGUUCCUAUUUUUAUACCUCAUUUCAAAUGUAUGCAUCCCCAUUUAUUAUGGGAGCUGCCCUGUAUCAGUUUGUCACUCUGUAAUCCUGCCCUCUGAGCAGUGAUGGAGCUUCAGUGCCACCUCUGGUGGGAGGCUGUAAUUACAGUGUGACACGUUUACAUGAAUAAUUCCCAUUACAAUGGUGGACAUGGGGUUAAUGAGACUGCUGACAACAAACACAUACAGGCACAAGAAUUUUUAAUAUAUUAUGUAAAUACGGCAGCCGAUGUGAUUUUAUAAUUUGACCUUACCUUACAGUGACAGUGUCCCUUUUGUUGGCCAAAGUGAUUAUUUGAAAGUUAAGUGGGAGAUGUCCAGGCUAAGUCUGUGGCCUUGUUAUUUUCUGCUCAUUUUUCACUUCAGUCAUAGAAAAAUUAGCAACCUCUUCAAAAUGCAAUCAAAAGUAGUUCCAAAACUGAAAAGAUUUCAUUCAUUAAAUAAUUAUAGAGUCACAUUGAGGUGUAAGCAUAUGAACCUACAUGGAAUAGUGUAGGUUAGAUGGGCUUGAGAUCGGUAUGACAGGUUGGCGCAACAUCGAGGGUCAAAGGGCCUGUACUGUGCUGUAAUGUUCUAAUGUUGUAAAUGGUUUUAUCCUUGAAUCGGUGAAGCUGGAUCUAAUUGACCUUGAGCUCUAAACUCGAGGACAUUACUUCCCUCCAACUGAAUAGCCCAGUGUGCUACUCAGGGUAGUGAGUGUCAACCAACCCUUCCACUGUAGUAGCUGUCACACUGGGAUCUGAUCAUGCCCCAUGCCCUUUUGUCAGCCCACCAUGGCUCAGGGCUCCAGUCGGUGAGUCUGAAGGGUGUGACUUCAAAUCCCACUCCAGAAUCCUGAGCACUGAUGCCAGCCUGUAACUCCCAGGACAGCAUUGUCGGAGUGCCACACUGCCAGGGAUGCUGCUGCUUGGCUGAGGCAUUGGAGACAGGUCCCACCCGUGAGCUCGCUGUGCACAUCAUUUCUGAGAGUACUUAGCAUCAUGCAGCACGGGAACAGGCCCUUUGGCCCAACACAUCCGUGUUGACCAGCCUUCCCAAACUAGACUAGUCCCAUUUGACUCAUAUCCCUCUAAACCUUCUCUAUUCAUGUAUCUGUUCAAACACCUUUUAAAUGUUGUAGCCACCUUUACCACUUGCUCUGGCUGCUCAUUUCCAUGUAUGAAUGUAUGCAUUCUAUGUGUAAAAUCUAUAUGUGAAAUCUUCUCCCCUCCCACCUUAAACCUAUGCCCUCUAGUUUUGGACUCCCCCAGCCGAGGGGAAAAGACCUUGGCUAUUCACCUUAGUGAUGUCUUCUUUGGCUGGGAAGCGCUGAGACAGCGAAAGGUUCCAUCUAAAUGCAAUUUUGCCUCCCUCGCUGAACUUCUCUGCCUGAAGGCAGUGAUGGGGCUGAGUGCGGGGAAUGGGGUGCGGGGGGUGAAUCCAUUCUGGAGUAUUGCCCUUCCUUACCCCAUGAUAAGGGUGUGGGUGCUAGUGGUGGCCGAAGGGAAUAGCUAGCUCCCGGCCGUGGAUUGGACGGGACAGUUCAGGGCACUUAACCUCUGAGUCGACAAGGGAAUUGUAGUUUGUGAGAAGAAAAAUGUGGCCUCGCGUUUGGAGGGCUGGAGUACAGAGUGAGAGAAUAAAAAUAGACCUCCUUCAUUUAAGGUACCACUGUUGGAUAUUUACAGAUUACACAUUCCUGUGGAGAAUAUCCCGUGAGCACCAUUAACGAUUAAACUCCUUCCCCUUUUCAUGACGACAUGGCACUUAAGCUGCAGGCGGAAACGUAACAUUUAUAUAUACACUUUUAAAACGGUCAUGUUUUGCAGUCAGUUGGCCAUCCUUUACCACUCAGGGGACCAUUUUACCCAGGACCUUCCACAUAAAGUCAGGAGACCAAGACCAGGAUAGAAACAUGAAAUAGAGAGAAAAAAUAUAUCAAAUCAAAUCACUACCUGUUUUUAAAAAAAAGGCUUCUUUCCUCCAAGCUGAGAAGCCCGCAGUAGGUAGGCAUCUGCAAAGAUAAAUUCUCAGUUCCUACCUAUCGCUGCACUAUGGUGAACUCAGGCCUAAUGUUAUCCACCCACUACUCUCAAGAUCAUAUUCCCCCCACCCUCACAUCUGAGAUCUCUGGAAGCUGUGGAAAAACCCAGUUAGAAAAUGUCGUAGAGUUCAUUUGGAUUCCACAUGAGGUAGUCUCCACCCUCAGAUCAGUCGCCCAUUGCAGCUCACUCUGCAGAGGGACACAGUAAUUUUGAUUUGCCGCCAGGUUGCACAAACCCUCUGAGUUGCCAACAGAAGGGACGCUGUCUCACCAAAGGGGAUUGCUGUGGCCCAGAGAGCUUAUGUCAUUGUGAAUGUGGGUCAGACUGCCAGAUUGACACCUGGAAAGGUGCCCUUGGCCAUGCAGGUAACCUACUGGGUGUAUUUUUAUCAUGCGGUGAAAUUCGUUGUGCUGAGGUGUUAUUGUGCGUGUGUGUCUUUGUAUGUGCGUCUGUAUGGGUGUAUGUUUGUGUGUGUGUGUAUGUGGAGGUGUGUGUGAGGGGGAAGUGUGUGUGAGGGUGCAUUUGUGUGUGUGUGUGUGUGUGUGUAUGUGUGUAUGUCUUUCUGUUCAAGCGUUUUUCUGCGAGUGUGUGUGCCUGUAGCAGUGUUUAUUUGAGAGUAAUUCUGUGUUUGUGUGAGUGUGUUUGUGUAUGAGUUUGUAUAAGUAUGAGAGUAUGUGUGUAUGAGAAUGUGUUUGUGCGUGUGUGUAAUGAGAGAAUGUGUGUAUGAGAAUGUGUUUGUGCGUGUGUGUAAUGAGAGUAUGUGUGUAUGAGAAUGUGUUUGUGCGUGUGCGUGUGUGUAAUGAGAGUAUGUGUGUAUGAGAAUGUGUUUGUGCGUGUGUGUAAUGAGAGUAUGUGUAUAUGAGAAUGUGUUUGUGCGUGUGUGUAUGAGAAUGUGUUUGUGCGUGUGUGUAAUGAGAGUGUGUGUAUGAGAAUGUGUGUGCGUGUGUGGAUGCUUGUGUAUGAGAGAGUGUGUGUAUGUGUGUGGAUGCUUGUGUAUGAGUGUGUGUGUGUGUGUGUGUGUGGAUGCUUGUGUGUGUGUGUGUGUGUGUGUGUGGAUGCUUGUGUAUGAGUGUGUGUGGAUGCGUGUGUGGAUGCUUGUGUAUAAGUGUGUGUGUGGAUGCUUGUGUAUGAGAGUGUGUGUGUGUGUGUGUGGAUGCUUGUGUAUGAGUGUGUGUGUGUUUGUGGAUGCUUGUGUAUGAGAGUGUGAGUGUGUGUGUGUGGAGAUGCUUGUGUAUGAGUGUGAGUGCGGAUGCUUGUGUAUGAGUGUGUGUGUGUGUGUGUGGAGAUGCUUGUGUAUGAGUGUGUGUGUGUGUGGAUGCUUGUGUAUGAGUGUGAGUGUGGAUGCUUGUGUAUGAGUGUGUGUGUGUGGAUGCUUGUGUAUGAGUGUGUGUGUGUGUGUGUGUGUGUGUGGAUGCUUGUGUAUGAGUGUGUGUGUGGAUGCUUGUGUAUGAGUGUGAGUGUGGAUGCUUGUGUAUGAGUGUGUGUGUGUGGAUGCUUGUGUAUGAGUGUGUGUGUGUGUGUGUGGAUGCUUGUGUAUGAGUGUGUGUGUGGAUGCUUGUGUAUGAGUGUGUGUGUGUGUGGAUGCUUGUGUAUGAGUGUGUGUGUGUGUGGAUGCUUGUGUAAGAGUGUGUGUGUGUGUGUGGGGAUGCUUGUGUAUGAGAGUGUGUGUGUGUGUGUGUGUGUGGGGAUGCUUGUGUAUGAGUGUGAGUGUGGAUGCUUGUGUAUGAGUGUGUGUGUGUGUGUGUGGAUGCUUGUGUAUGUGUGUGUGUGUGUGUGUGUGUGUAUGCUUGUGUAUGAGAGUGUGUGUGUGUGGAUGCUUGUGUAUGAGAGUGUGAGUGUGUGGAUGCUUGUGUAUGAGAGUGUGUGUGUGUGUGUGGGGGGGGAUGCUUGUGUAUGAGAGUGUGUGUGUGUGUGUGGAUGCUUGUGUAUGUGUGUGUGUGUGUGUGUAUGCUUGUGUAUGAGAGUGUGUGUGUGUGUAUGCUUGUGUAUGAGAGUGUGUGUGUGUGGAUGCUUGUGUAUGAGAGUGUGAGUGUGUGGAUGCUUGUGUAUGAGAGUGUGAGUGUGUGGAUGCUUGUGUAUGAGAGUGUGUGUGUGUGUGGGGGGGGGAUGCUUGUGUAUGAGAGUGUGUGUGUGUGUGUGGAUGCUUGUGUAUGUGUGUGUGUGUGUGUGUGUGUGUAUGCUUGUGUAUGAGAGUGUGUGUGUGUGGAUGCUUGUGUAUGAGAGUGUGAGUGUGUGGAUGCUUGUGUAUGAGAGUGUGUGUGGAUGCGUGUGUGUUGGGGGGGGAUGCUUGUGUAUGAGAGUGUGAGUGUGUGGAUGCUUGUGUAUAAGAGUGUGUGUGUGUGGAUGCUUGUGUAUAAGAGUGUGUGUGUGGAUGCUUGUGUAUGAGAGUGUGUGUGUGUGUGUGGAUGCUUGUGUAUGAGAGUGUGUGUGUGGAUGCCUGUGUCUGAGAGUGUGUGUGUGUGUGUGUGGAUGCUUGUGUAUGAGAGUGUGUGUGUGUGGGGAUGCUUGUGUAUGAGAGAGUGUGUGUGUGCUUGUGUGUGGAUGCUUAAUGUGUGUGUGUGGAUGCUUGUGUGCGUGUGUGUGUGGAUGCGUGUGCGUGUGUGCGUGUGUGUGUGUGUAUGUGUCUAUGCGUGUGUGUCUGUGUGUGUGUAUGCUUGUAUGUGUGUGUGUCUGUGUGUGUAUGCGUGUGUGUGUGAGUAUGCUUGUGUGUGCGUAUGUGUGUGUGUGUAUGCUUGUGUGUGUGUGUGUGUGUGUGUAUGCUUGUGUGUGUGUGUGUGUGUAUGCUUGUGUGUGUGUGUGUGUAUGCGUGUGUGUGUGUAUGCUUGUGUGUGUGUAUGCUUGUGUGUUUGUGUGUCUGUGUGUGAGAGAGAGGAUGCUUACGUAUGCAGGUGAAUGACUCUUCAAUACACAUAAUGUGUUUGAGCGUGUGAGGAAAUGGGAUUUUGUUAGUUUUGCCCAUCCUGAUUGAAUGUAUUCCCAUGUGAAUUCCAGCUGCCAACUACAGCUCCUGUUAUUGGUCACCCAAAACCUCCAUCAGCUCAAUACCCUGCCCUGACAUUUAUAAACCCAUCAGACUGGCCAUUUUCUGAUUGGAUGAUUCUUCCCUGUCAUUCUAACAACAUUCUCUUUACCCCUGCAACCUUAUUCUCAGUAAUUAGCAGAAACAUACAAAGGAAAUACGCACAAUAUUUAGCUGAGAAAUUUCUCCUGGUUUUUACACCAGUAUCCUGGGGAGAUGAAUCUUUAACUCCUGGAAAUCUAGGUCAGAUCUGGAAGGGUUAGCAAUUCUAGUUUCUGCAGUACAGCAGUCAGAGCUGUAGUGAGGCUGUAUGUAGGAGCCCACUCUUGGAUUACUCUCUCAGGGGUGACUAACAGCCGAGGCCUGGUUUUCCUAUGGAUUCGGUACCAGUACAGGGUGUUUCCUCAAUCUCUCUGAGGAAACAGCGAUAGUGUCAUGCAUUUCUUGCUUUAUCUCAGUGUCAGCUCCUCACCCUGGCCCUCAUAUCCAACCCCCACAAAGCCGCCACCUUCCACACUCAGAAAUUGAGUGUAAAAAACUCGCACUUCACCAUGCAGUGCUACGGGAGUGCUGUGCAGUUGGAGAGGCCGUCCUUCUGAUGAGACAUUGAAUCAGGGAAAGGUUUGAGUGGACACAUAAGAUCUCGUGGCACUAUUUCAGAGACCAGCAGGGGAGCUAGUUUCUCAGUCAAUGCCUCAUAAAAUAGAUUGGCCUUUUUUGGGAUCUCACUGUGCAUGAAUUGGCUCCCGUGUUUCCCACCUCAAAAUGAUUUUGUUGGCUUUAAAAUGCUUUGUGACAUCCGGGAGUGGGAAGAGGCCCCUGUAGAAGUUCAAGUUUUCUUUCUUCUCUUCGAAUUACUCGCGUUCCCAACUUCUAUGUCUUGAGAACAUUAGCCCCGUUGAUGAUGAAAGGAUAUUGAGGCCAAUCAUUUGAGCCCAGAUAUUCUCAGGGAACUUGACAUCUGAUCAAAGGCUGGGCAUUCUCUCAAUGGUUGGCCACAUCAACACCAAACCAAACUCUUCUAGUUCCACGGCCCUUCUUUGGGAAACAGCAACCUGACUGUAGGUAGGGUGGGGAAGUGGUGAAAUGGGAUUGGACUGUAUUUCUGGGGAUGGGGAGCAGCUCUACUAGGCAGUGACUAAAUAUCUCCACCUUUGGAAUUCUCUAUGCCACGGGCAUUGCAAUCCAAACAAAAGCCAUUUGGCAAAGCAUACAAUUUACAAAGUUGUAUUUUACUCGCACACGUACACCACCCAACCCAACAACCAGUUUCGGUCAUAAAGACCAGAAAUUCCUGGAGAAACUGACCGCAUCGGUGGAGUGAAGACCGAGUCCACAUUUCAGGUCAAUUAAUCCUUCUUCAGACCAAGUUUCAGCCUGUGUUGAUUUGUAGAGAAAUCAAAUGCAUGCUGAGUUAAUGCCCACCUUUGGACCAUGACACAUGAAUGUCCAUUGUACACCAAAGGCCUGAAUUCUGUUCUUACCUGGAGCUUUCUCCCGGAAUAGUAAGGGAUCAUUUUAAUUUUGUAUAUAUAAAACAAGGAAUGUAAAAUCAACAACCCGUUUUCUCUCACAUCUUGCUUAAUUUUGUAAACUUCAAAAAUCAAGGUAGUUAUAAUUAGAGUUUAAAAAACAUUUCUGAAGAAGGGUCUAGGCCCAAGACAUCAGCUUUCCUGCUCCUCUGAUGCUGUUCGGCCUGCUGUGUUCAUCCAGCUCUGCACCUUGUUAUCUAAAAAAAAUUUGGAAAGGUUCAUGGAUCGGAAAGGUUUAGAGGGAUAUGGGACAAAUGCAGGUAAAUGAGACGAGGUCAGUUUAGGAAAAGCUGAUCAGCAUGGACAAGUUGGACCGAAGGGCCUGUUACAAUGCUGUGUGAUUCUAUGACUCUAAAGGGGUCGAGCCGUUCGGCCCACCUAGUCCAUCCUAGUAUUUGUGCUCCACACCUGCCUCCUCCCAUCUUGCGUUAUCUCGACAUCUGCCCCUUUCCCCUUCAUGUUUGUGCCAAACCACCUCUGAAAUGUAUUCUUCUCAUUUUCCUCAAUGAUUUACUCUGGCAACAAGGUCCCAUUCUUCCCACUGCCUGAGGAAGGAGGUUUUUCCCGAAUUCCCAACUGGAUGGAAUAGUGGUCAUUGUAUUUUUACAGUCACUAGUUCUGGCCUCCAGUAACUCAGUGAGGAAAAUUACAGGGAUAUGUUUCAGCCUUAAAAAUAUUUAAUGACCCCAUCUCCAUCACCUUCUGAGGCAGACACUUUUAAAAUUGCACCGUCCUCAUCGCUGUUGUGAAUGGGUGACCCUGACUUAUAAAACAGUGCCCUCUUGUUCUGGAGUUACCCACAUCCACCUUGUCAUGACCAUUCGGGGACUUGCAAACCUUAAUCUAAUCAUCCUCAGCCUCCUGGGUGGCAUGGUGGCUCAAUAGUUAGCACCGUUGCCACGCAACACCAGGGUCCUGGGUUCAAUUCCACCCUCGGGUGACUGUCUGUGUGGAGUUUGCGUGUUGUCCCCAAAGCUGUGUGGGUUACCUCUGGUUUCCUCCCACAGUCCAAGGAUGUGCAGGUUAGGUGGAUUACCACGGGAAAUAGAGGGUGAUGGAGGUGUUGUGAUGGUCAGUGAGGGCUUGAUGAGCUAAAAGGUCUACUUCCGCAUUGUAGGGAUUCUACGCUUCUUGCGUAAUCUCUCUGAGAGGGUUUGUAUGUGCAUGCACUCAGUAAGCCUUAUUCCUUAACCUUCACCUGACUUUACCAGUAAGAGGCUGCAAUUUACUCUGCUUCAUGGGGAGGGUAAAAUGGGAGGAAUUACAGACUUUGAGCAGUCAAUGCAAUUGAACAGCAAGAAGAGAAUUGGUUUUAUUCAGUGACCAUUGGUUCCUGGCUGCUAGAUAUCCCCACUUGCUCACCCAUUGUAUUACCUGGCAACAACAAACUGUGCGUGUGUGCGCGUGUGAGCGUAUCUGUGUGCGAGCGUGUGUUUUGUUUUUUCCUUCUACAAGAUAUUGCUUUGCUUUUUCCGCCCACCCUGUCUCUCGUAGACAUGGUUCUGAGUGGAGAGAUGAUUUCACAUUAGCCGGAACCCCCCCGACUCUAAACCCCAAUCUUUACCACUGGGACCUUGGCUAAUGGACUUCUCUCCAUGCCCUCGCCUAGGCAUUGAAUGGUGGUGGCCUAUGUGGGAAGGGAAGGUGUGCCCAUGACCAACCAAACCCAGAACACAUCACCCGGAUGAUAAGUCGAAGACCCAUCUCCUCCUGUCAGGCCCAGUGUGCUCCCCCUACUUGUGGAAGUAUGAAUCUGCAGCUGGCUUGGUGAGCAGGGCUCUCUCUCCCAGAUUCCACUUCAAUCACUCUGCACAGAGAUAGUCAAAUCAAUCCAUAAGGCUGCUGAAAAACUUACUGAACCAUUUUAGCCAAGCUAGGAUGAGGGAAAAAGAACUUCAGGAAUAAUCUCCUCACCUCCUUUGAUUCAGAUGGCUCAUAAUUAGAAGCAUGUUGGUCUUUUGAAUGGUGCCAGUCCCUUGGUCAAAUAUUCUAUCGCAUGUGCCUUCACCCUACCGUCACCCCUGCCACCCACUCUUCAAUCCUUCAUGCCAUUCAAAGAGGGCAAUUUUUAUGGAUGGACUUCUUAAACUUGGAGUGUCACUGGUAAGGACUUUUCCUCUCCAUCUUUCCAGUUUGCUUCCAAGAGCUGCAAGAGAGUCCGAAGCGGCUGAUGUUUUUAAGAAGUGAAAACAGGAAUUGGUGGGCGAGCUCAGCAGGUCUGUGGAGAGAAAUAGACUCAAAUGUUCCAGGCUCAGUUCUGAAGAAGGGCCACUGGGCCUGAAAGGUAAAUGUCAUUUCUCUCUCUGCUGAUGCUGGGUUUCUCCAGCAAUUUUCUGUUUUUGGUUCAGUACUUGCAGAAUGCUGUGCCUUGACUUAUCUCACAAGAAGAGAACACUUUUUUUUUAAUAACAGAUGGGCCGAUGGAUAGGGAGGAUGAGCCUGGACCAUUAUGUAAAAUUGGUGAUGUUCACAGACCUUCCCUACCCACCGUGGCAGUAACUACUGAAAGGAAUGUUUGUUUCUGCUGUUUGACCUUUCCCUGUUGCUGGAUUUAGUCCAAGGUCAGGCGUGACAAUACAGCUUGGCCAAAACAGGCCUCCCAAAACCGGCUGUGAAGGUGUGGACCAUGUGUGUGUCAGUGGACAAUUUGACUUGGGCGAUGGUGGGGGGCUUCCCUGACAUUGGCUUGCCUGAAAAGUGCCCCCUCUUCCAUCAGAUGGAAUAUACAGGAAUGAGCCAGCAGUAAGUAACAGGGGUGGUUGUUGAGGGAUUAAGAUAUCACCUUUUGUUUGAGACUGAGUUGGAAAGGUCUGCUUCAGUGUGCCUGUGAACACAGUGGGGUCAGUGAGAGCCAAUAGCCUUACCCCUGCUUACCUGAGAGAGUCAAAAUGAUCCCCUUCCCCUAUUCCAAGACUCAGAAGAUUAGAGGUUACCAACUCGACAAAAACUGCGAUUAAACUCCCACAAUCAACACACCCUCAUUAAACGAUCUCUUGUAUAACUUUAUGAUUGUCAUGCUGUACACAUGAUGAAAGGUGGGGUAGAGAGCUCUUCAGAAUUGCAGUUGUGGGCGGAGUAGGGGGAAGGUGUUUUGAAGGCAACAACUAUCAUUGUUCAUCUCACCUUUAACCUUUGAGCUGUCAGGAUGUUUUGACAACUUGAGGCAACAUUCCACACGGGAAUUGACACCAACAGGAAUUCACUUCUUUCCCCUCUGUUUUAAGAAACAAAUUAAAUAUUUGUCAGCGGUGCACAGCAGCGUAAUUCUAUCUGGGUCCCCGUGCUUAAAAGAUGAAAACAGAAAUACCUCAGACUUUUUUUUUCUGUGUCUCUUCACAUAUAUACCUCAACCGUCAAUUGCUGUUAGACUUUUUUGAAUGCUGGCAAGUUUGCCAGGGCAAUUAACACUUUUCCAAACUGUUAACACCAAAGAAGACAUUGUAUGAAGAAUGGCUAGAUCUCUCUAGUGUAAACCAUGCUGCUCCCCAAAUAUUCAACUCACCUCCAAAGAUUAUGCGUGGCUUCCCCUCUGUUUGUUUCGUGUUGUGUGUUGAACCACAGACCUGCGCAGUGAGAACGUCGGAAAAUAAGCUGCCAAAAUAAAAUACAGCAAUGUGGUUGGCAUGGGGUGGCCACCAAACUCGCAUUUUCUGGAUUCUCUUUGUUGGGGGAGACAGUGACUGGGAGGGCAGAGGGAGUGCACCAAAGAGAUUUGCUUGUAUAUGUCACACGACUGUAACUGCAUGCACUGUACACCACCUUUGCUGUUGGUUCAAGAAUGAUUCAUCAGUCUCAGGUUUCAGGUCAUCACCAAGUUGGAAUUGGUCUUUCCUGGGUAGAUUCACGCCUUGUACACGCAGAACGGAUGUGUCACAGGGGAGCUUCAUUCUGCAAUGUAACAAAAGCGAAAUACGACAGAAUUCCGAAACAAACACAGAGAAACUCAGCAGGUCGGGCAAGACGGAGGUGACAUCUCGAGUCUGGCAUGAGGACCAGCAGGCUCAUUCGGGACUCAAAAUGUUACCUCUGUUCUCUCUCUCCAGACCUGCUAGGUUUCUCAAGCACUCUUUUGUGUUUGUCCCUCUCUGCACUGUAACUCCUCUCAGAGUGUGUUGCAUGCCAACUUUGAAUGGCUUAAGCAUUCGAUUCUAUUUUGCCGAAAUUUCUCCUCCCGUCCUAGCAGCUGACUGCAAAGGAAUGAGCUGGUAUAAUGACAUGGGAAGUGGUCGGAUGGAUCUUCUUGCUUUUAGUUAAGACUUUACUGAAAAAGUAUUUUCAAAGCAGUUUUACGUCUUAUUGUUUUCACAUUGCUGCUGCUUAAAUUUUCCACUAGACCUGGAAUAUGGAAACAUACGAACUGGAAUGGGCCAUUCAGCCCCUUGAAUCUAUCCCACCAUUCAGUCCAAUCAUGUUUGAUCUGUUGCCUACCUCCAUCUACCUGCCUUUGGCCUAUAUCCCUUAACACCUUUGCUUAGCAAUAUUUAUCUGUCUCACACUUCAAAUUUAUAUAAAGCUAGCCUCAGCAAUGGUGAAUCUGAUUCAGUCAUGCCCCUUUAAGAAAGGAAACUGCCAUCUAUAUCUGGUCUGGCCUACAUAUGGCUCCAAGCCCACAGCCUGGGGGUUCACUCUUAACUGCCCUCACAAAUGGCCAAGCAAGCAAUUAGGAAUGGAUUACAGAUGCUGGCCAAUGCCCACAGCUGGCACGGUGGCUCUGUGCUUAGCACUGCUGCCUCACAGCAGUAGGCACCCAGGUUUGAUCCUAACCCUGCGAUAGGUAUCUGUGUGAAGUUUGCACAUUCUCCCCAUGUCCGUGUGGCUUUGCUCCAGGUGCUCCGGUUUCCUCCUAAGAUGUGCAGGGUAGGGUGGAUUGGCCGUGCUAAAUUGCCCGUAGUGUCCGGGAUGUGCAGGCUAGGUGGGUUAGCCAUGGAAAAUACAGGAAUGUAGUGAUAGGUUAGGGUGUGGGGGUGGGCUGCCCUUAAGAGGGUCAGUAUGGCUGUAGGGAUUCUGUGAACUCGUGAACAAAUUAAGCAAAAGAAACAUUCUGGUCUGAUGAUCAGUUGGUUUAUAUUGAGGCGUCUCUGACCACAAGAAUACAGUAAAGAUAGAACUCUUAGACUCCCUUGUGACUUUUUAACUGAGUUUCCUGAAUUCAGUAACCUAUCGACACUGUAUUUGUCCCAAAGCACCCCACUUAUUGAAUCUGCAUGCUUUUAGUGUAGACUUUGGUGAGAAGGCACUUUCAAAGUGUUUUAAGUUAUGUUUUUAGCACGCUGCAGCUGGGUAAAUUUACAUGCGGUUACUGCACUCAUUAUUGAGCUCAUUAAUCAUGAUCAGAGCCUGAAUCCUUAAUAUCAGCAGGCAGGAUAGAAAUCUUAAUGACACAGAUUUUCAUCAGAGGCAUUCCCUUCCCUCCUUAAACUUAAUUCAGCAUGAGAUCCAUUACCUCCUAGGGUAAAGGGCCUCAUCAUAACUUGGGCAAAGACAGGCGUGGGGCUGGUGUCUGAGGCCCAGUUUGAGAACUUUAAUGGACCUUGUGCAAUUCUGCAUUAAACGACCAUCGUAUUGAAAGGUUAGUCCAGUGUGUGGCAGUGCCUGACUAAAUGUCACUCCUUUUGAUGACUGACAAAUGAAAAUGUAGCGAGGUCUGAGCUCAGUACAGAGUAACACUCACUCACUGCGUGUGCCAUUUUCUGUGAUUCAUGACAGUGGUUGCCUAUUAUCAAGGUCCUACUCAGACUCAGGGAGGAGAAUGGUUGUUCUCCGGCUUCUUUCAAGGAAAGCUAUGAAAUCCAUAGAGAGAGUCAGCACAUUGUGGAAUGUGCAGUACACGUGACUGCUUCCCCAAGGAGAAGCUCCUCGCCACAGUGGGAUUUGCAUCCUGUAAUUCACAUGAUGUUGGCAGCUGCUCAGUUGUAUCUUCCAAUUCCCAAACACACCACAUAAUUUCCCAACAUCCAACAGGCUGUAUUGGACUUUGCAGAACAGCUUGUUGAGUUUAAAUACUCAACCUUUAUUGGUUUGGAGGACGUCACAGAGUGAGCAAAACCAUCUCACCCCCCACCCCUCCACUGCCAAUCAGCUUGACUUCAUUAAAGCCUGCUUUGAUCAGCAAAACGAAAGUUAAAGAAACGAGUAAUUCUACAUCGAAGCAAGGGGCCAGUGCUGGAAGUGGGGUUAGGGUUAUUUAUACUGUGGCUGUAAUAAGUAUGUGGCAGCUUUUAUACCCACUGUGUAGGGUAGGUAUUGGUGAGCACGGGGAUUAAUGUUUAAAUAUGAUUUGCCAAAGCUAAGGCUAUGGGGUAAGUGCAGGAUUCAGUGAGACCAGCUUACAACAAGCCGGUGCAUAUACUGUGGGCUGAAUGGCCUCCUCUGCUAUACAGUCUGCUGGAAGGUCAUUGUUAAGGGGAGAUUCUGUGUAGGGCUCAGGUGACCAGAUUUUGUUUUCUCUCUCCAGUGGGUAAAACAGAUGUCCCUUUAGGCUGGAAAAGCUCACUAAGUUGCACCAACUCAUAAAGCCAAGGGAGAUCAUUGAAGCAAUGAUGGCCAAGCUUUGUGAUGGAGGAGCCUGCAAUAAAGAGGGGACAUGCUAUUGGCUUUGGAAUACCUUUCAAUGAUGGGGUGUAAUGUUGCGACCUGAUUGGAUUGCUUUAUAAGACACAUUCCCCCGUAUAUUUGAACAAAAUUUUUGAAGGGGAUGGUGGGGGUUUAAGCAUGUUAUUGUUUUGUAAGUGAUUCACGCCAACAACAAAACCAGCAGGUGUACAGUGCAUCAUCGAACUGAGAUUAACAUAAGUGUAAUGAUUUAGGGAGCACUUCAGGACUGGUGCCAGGUUCCAACUUAAUCCUGGUCAAAGUUCAAAGGUUAUCUUGUGGUACUCAGGGGUGGAGAGUGAGGUGAAGUGACGGUGAAUGAGCCUUUCUACUAUGGCCUCGGUCUGAUUUUAUUUUUUAAGUAUUACAAUUUACUAUGUUUCUUUUUUUUUAGAAACUAUACGAAGUAAAAGACAAAACAUUUUAUAGCUACCUCUUACAACUCUUUAUCAUAAUGUUCAGAGAUUUUAAAAUAUUUUUUAAUUUAAAAAAAAGUGGGACUUGACAAAACUCAAAUAAAAGGCUGAAUGAGCCAAAGCUGCAGCAUGUACAAAAAGUCUUUGAAACAUGAGAGCAAUAUAAAACGUAAGGAGUCAUCAACAACGAUUCGGAAUGUAGACAGGCCACACAGUAACAUACUGUCAGACUUUUUAUUAAUUUUUAUUCUUUGUGUGCAUUGAAUAUUGUGUCUAUAUUAUGUAUUGACUGGUAAAUAGACUAGAUAACACCAAUACCUCAAAUUAUGCUACUUAUGAUAUUUCUGUAUAUUUUGGUCAUCUCUCUUUGACAUUCGCGUGAAUGUUUUUUAUCCAAAUAAACUUUU